AUGCAUUUCUUAUGCCUUCAUGGCGCUGGGACAAACAGCAGGAUUUUUGAGGCACAGACAGCCGCUCUGCGCUACGAGCUCGGAGGCGACCAUACAUACGAUUUCGUCGAGGGAGUGAUGCAGCUCCCGAAGGCUUCAGCAAUCGACCAGCUUGUUCCUGGUGACCUUGGCUAUUUCGGCUACUACAAACCCAACGACUGUACCUCGUUCCACAAAGCCCUCGAUGAUUUGGAGCUUUUCAUCCAGAAACAGGGUCCUUUCGACGGAGUCUUUGGCUUUUCGCAAGGAGCUACUCUAGCUAGCGCGCUUCUUUUACGACAUUCGGGCUCCAGUAAUGGUGGCUUGGAUUCCCCUUGGACUCCCAAAGCCAAUGAUCCACUCUUCAAGUGUGCGGUGUUUCUAUCAGGAUAUUCACCACUCGAUUGGACAUGCAUGCAUGUGCAGCAUAUGCAAGGAUCUACCAUAUCUGUUCCGACUGCACAUAUCUGGGGCAUGAACGAGCGAGGUGACUUUGGGGGACCAACAGCGCUGAAGCAGCUCUGUGACCCUCAAACUGUGUAUUUGCACGAGCAUGAGGGUGGUCAUGAGGUGCCAGGGGCGAAGAACAAGAAAGACUUGAUUCAAAGUGCGAACGCGAUUAAACGCAUGCUAACAAGUCUGUAA